UUUAUAACUUAUUAUACAUAAUACUUAAAAAAAUUAAAUAAACUAAGAAUGUGUACAAAUGUAUACAACUUGUUUAUAAAUUUCGAAUGGCACAUGGCGAAUUAUCGUUUCCGCCAUAUUGGAUUCCCCCCACCAGCGAACACCAUCUCUACCAGAGUGUUUAAAUAGUCGCCAUUUGCUGAUCGAAGUUUGAAUUGAACCAAUUUGAUUUCCGAUAUGAUCUAAGAAUAUAUCGAUAUUUCCUAUUGAGUAUUUUUGUACUAAAUUAACUGAAUGUGAUCAGUAUCGGUAUAAAUCCUAUCGCUAAUCCAGAUUAUAAGUCGACGAGUGUGUUUCGAGAACAAGAAAAAAAAACUUAUGUCCGCCAUCUUUCUCGAUUUCGUGUUAAACAGAGACGCCAUUUUCCUAAUGGCGCCGGUCUAUCGUCUAACGUUUACGGUGUCCAUUUAAGAAGUUUUAGAUUAAAAUUUUUGGGAAAUGUGUCUAUGUACAUAGAAGUUUUGUUUGAAUACGUGAUAAAUGAAAUAAUCGAAACAAAACGUCUAAAAAACUUACAUUUUUUAUUUACAUAAAUAAAAGUUUGAAAUGUUUCUGAGAACUCGUGUUAGUAAUUUAUUCAUUAAGAGGCAAGUGCACGGAAAUAAAGAGAUAAUAGAAAAUUGCAAAGAAAUUAGAAACCGUAAUCCAAGAAAUUUAGAACGUUUAAGGAUUGCAUGGAAACCUAUUGGUUAUACUUUGGAGAAACCUGGAUUUGCGUUUUGGCACAAAUUGAACGUGCAUACUUCUCAGCGUUAUGUUUCCGCGGAAAUAGAACAUUAUAAGAACGGUCCUGUUAUUAUAGUAUCGAGCCAAGAACUGGGUAUAAAAUCACAAUUAUACAGAACAAAAGAUGUGUCGACAUACGUAUGUGUAGGGCGUGUACUUGCGCAACGUUGUUUGGAAUGCGGAAUAACUGAGAUUUAUGUUCCCGAGUACUCUAUAACUUCAACUAAAAUGAAACUUUUGAUCGAGGAAUUAGAAAAGAAUGAAAUUUGUUUGCAAGAACCAAAGAGAUACAAUCAUUGGAAUAAAUCAUAUUUCCACCGUGAAGAUAAACCUUGGGAAUCUUUCGAGUAGUUGUAUAUAUAAUGUGUAAAAUAUAAAAGACCAAACGUGAGUUAUAAAAUUUGUUCGUAUAUAUUAUUUUUAAUGGUAAUCAACACACUUGAUACUAUACAAUAUAUGGGUUAGCAUAAAUGUAUUUUGAAGUACCGAAGGUAGAUAGUUUAAAGGCAUUUUGACAUAGAAAAUGCAUCCUAAUGGAUUAGCACAGAACAAUAACAAGGAUUUUGAAAUUGCAUAGCUAUUAAUUGUCAGCUGAUACUCUUUUAAAAAGGUAAGAGUGUAAGAGGAUGGAAAAUUACAUUUUGUAUCGCUAAGAGUAGUGUUUUCUAAUAAAAGAAUUGAAAAAUAAUAGUGCACAUACUCUGGAAUGCAAAAAUUUCUCUUAUAACAGUUAAAAUAUAUUAUUAAUUAUAUGGGAUUACGAAAAAAUGAUUUCCACUUUAGCUGCAAUUUGUUUUAUUAUUUAAACUUUUUAAACUUGAAGUAUGUAAGUUUGUACACCAUACACUACACAAGGAUAGCAAUAAAUAAUCAUAUCGAUAUUAAAUAAACAUCUAACCUAUGGCAAAUACAGUAAAGUUACAAUGUAUCAAAACAUUAAAUAUACCUGUGCAGAAUUCAUUAUCACUACACCUUACAAUACACUUAUUUUAUACUAAUAAAAAGUAGUUUUCAAUAAAGAUAAUACUGUAUUUGUAAUUGCAUUACAAUUCUGAGUAAUAGAUCAUAUUGAUAUAGUUUUAAAAAGUCAUAGAAUGUUCCGUUCGAUCUUGUUAAAUGUAUGAAAUCACAGAUCAUUUGUCAAUAUUGGUUCCAUCGAGAUACAAACAAUUAUAUUAAUUAUACAACUAAUUGAGCAUAAUGUAAAUUUUUGUGUACAUAUUUUGUAUAGGCCGCUUAACACGUCGAUUAAUACAUUUAUAAAUUAAUUAGUAAACUCAUGUUUUUAAAACACAUUUAUGUGAGAAUUGGAGAAGGUUGAAAGAAACGAUUUUCUUUUUCUAUAUUGACUUUUUGUAGAUUCAACGCUACAUUUGAUCGUAUUGAAUGAUGUUAACAUACACGAAGUACCUUGUUUCAAUAAGCAUAAUUUAGUACCAAGUACUUCAUUAAUACUAUUCGACUUUA